AUGGGUCCUAAGCCUCUUGAUCCUCUAGAGCUUCCUGAGGUCUGCAGGAUUGGUGGGUCUGUUGAGAUGGUUUCUUGGGGUUUGGAUUUGGGUUGGUUUGAGUCUGAUGGCGGUGGUUUGGUGGAGUUGAUGUUGUCUCCUGAAGCUCUUUUCCGAGCUGCCAUGGCGGAAGAGUAUGAAAACAGAAGUUGUAGAGGAGUUCUCAGACUUCUUCGAAAAUGGGUAUGUCAACUUGAAGAAUAUCUUCAACUUCUUCUGAAUGUCUCAGACGAUCACUCUCAUGAAUCAGUAAACCAUGAAGCUUUGGUGGAGAAAGUCACUGCCCACCACAAAGACUGCUACACAACCAAAUGGGCUGCGGUUCAUGAAGACGUCUUAGCCAGCUUUUCAGCAGUCUGGUUCAGCCCUCUAGAGAAUGCUUAUCUAUGGAUAACUGGUUGGAAGCCAUCAAUGGUGUUUCGACUGGUCGACGCUGUUCGGGUGACACGUUCACCCGGUGGCGAUGAAAACAGGAGGAUGGUGGACUUGGCGAGGCUGGCAAGCCGAAUCAAGGGCGGUGACUUGGCGACGACUCAGAUGGAUGGGUUGGUGGAGGGGGCGUUGAAGGGGUUGUUGGGUGGGUUGGAAAGAGUGAUGAAAAUGGCAAAUUGUGUGAGGUCGAAGAUGUUGAAGGCUGUGUUGGAGGUGUUGAGUCUGAGACAGUGUGUGGAUAUCUUGUCAGCGAAGUCGAAUGCUUCAGAUUUAGCUGAGGAAAUGGGGGAAUAA